CCGGAGUUCUCUCAAACUGUCCCGGGACUGCGAGCAGAGAAGAGAACCGACUUAACUAUCUACUCUUGGGAUUUUGUUUCCCAGGGAUGGCCGCAUCUAUUCUGGAGGAGGAAGCUCGCUAUGGUUCCAGUCCUCUUGCUAUGCUAACCGCUACCUGCAACAAGUUUGGCAGCACCAGCCCGGUGAGGGACUCAGCCACCCCGGGCAAGGCCGGCCCCGGCAGCACCGCUACGGUCAAGAAGCAGUACACCAUGAGCUCAGAGCUCCAGGGACAGAGAAACAGCAGAGGAGGAGGAGAGAGCAUGGAGAACUCCUACACUGGUUCCUUCAGCUCAGCGGGUGGGUUACUCACACCCACUGGCAGCCCUCCUCCAUCCUCUGGGGGGUAUACGUCCGAGUACAACCCCUUCUCCCACUCCUUCCAGACCUCCAUGUCCCAGGGCCAGGACCAGUCCCUGCUGGUGUCCAAGGCCCACGCCACGGCCGACUGCCUGACCAGCGUCUACACCUCCCUGGACAUGACUCACCCCUACGGCUCCUGGUACAAGGCAGGCAUCCACCCCGGCAUCACCGCCGCCCCCUCCAACACCACGUCCUCCUGGUGGGACGUCCACCCAAAUACCAACUGGCUGAGUGCUGCCCAGCCCCAGUCCGACGGCCUCCAGGGCUCCCUCCAACCCGUCCCUCCCCAAGCCUCCCUCAGCCCCCAGCUGCCCAGCUACACCUCUGACUUCACCUCUCUGAACCCAGCUCAGUACCCCUCGGUGGGUCUGGGGUCCACAUCACACCUCCUCCAGUCCUCCCAGCACAUGCUGCCUCAGGACAUGUACAAGCCCAAGCCGGUGUCUGGCGGAGGGCUGAUGGAGAAUCAGAUGGGCCUGAAGCCUGCUGGUGGAUCACGGGGUUACGGUGGGGGAACCACCACUGGCCGGUCCAACUGUGACUGUCCCAACUGCCAGGAGCUGGAGCGGCUUGGAGCCUCGGCUGCAUCCCUGAGGAAGAAGCCCGUUCACAGCUGCCACAUUCCGGGCUGUGGGAAGGUCUAUGGUAAAGCCUCGCAUCUCAAGGCCCACCUCCGCUGGCACACUGGGGAGAGACCUUUCGUCUGCAACUGGCUGUUCUGCGGGAAACGCUUCACACGUUCCGACGAGCUGGAGAGGCACGUCCGCACGCACACCCGGGAGAAGAAGUUCACCUGCCUGCUGUGUAACAAGAGAUUCACCCGCAGCGACCACCUCAGCAAGCACCAGAAGACCCACGCAGAGUCUGCCCUGCAGCAGGCCAAGACCGGGGAGGGAGAGGCCCAGGAUCCCAGGAGCAACGAGGAGACGGCAGACCCCAAUAACCUCAACACGGCCGUGCAGAAUAACAACGUCCCUAGUGAGACGACUACCAACGGAGAGGAGAAGACUGGGUCAGCCAACGGGGUAGAGACCAGCAGUGGACUGCUGGAGAUUUAACUUCAGCGUAUGUGUUGUGGUCUUAUAGAGAUGUUUUGUUCAGUUAGUGUGGCACCGUUGUGGUGCAAAGUUUACUAUAUAUCUAAAAACAAACAGCAUUAUUUAGUAUUUGUACAUGCUGCCCACGCGUUUGACAUUAAUUGUCAAAGGAUGCAUUUGACAUAGUUUGUAAUGACUUUCAAGAUAACUGGCCAGGCUGGUCGGGAAAUACCCAUUCUGUGGACUUCACACACACACCACACCACACACACACACACACACACACACACACACACACACACACACACACACACACACACACACACACACACACACACACACACACACACACACACACACACCUCACACCUCACACACAAUUUCUUAAUUUUCAGUAAGACAAACCACUAAAUUCAAUCUGUAAGAUCAGAGGGGGAAAAAACAAGAAGAAAAUGUGUGUAUCUAGUAUGAGGGACGUAAUGGAGCAUUGCUUUGGUAUGGUACAUUAUUGGCUCAGUAAGAACCAGUCUCUGAUAUUGGAUACGUCUUGUUUUGGGAUUUGAGUCUGUGCGCUUCCUAUCAUGUCUUAUUUAAUUUUAGAUUUACACAAAUAAUCUAAUUUAUGUUUUAAAUUAUAAGCAUUAAAGAUUAUCGUGCAUUUUUCAGGCAGUGCAUUGUUGGAUAAUAAUGGCAAAAUAAAGCCAUUGAUAAUUUAGUAAAUUAAGAUGAUUAUUUUUUUCUUUUAUUUAUUGAUUAUAACCACGGUGAUGUUGUUGGUGCUAUCGUGUUUGAAGAUGUAUUUAUAGAUCUUGAAAUGAAUUGUUUCUGCUAUCUAUUUUCUACAUAACUAUUCUAUUGUGAAGUCUGCACACCUGCCACGUUGACAGUGAUGACGGCGUUCUCCUUGAGGUACUUUAAUUCUGUAAUGUCAGGUGUGUUAUUUUUUUCUGCCCUUUUUCUAAUUUGUUGAUAAACUUUUUUUUUCCAACUCUAAUGAAAAUGACACUUACAACAAUAAUAUUAAGACACACCGAUUAAAUUAAGGUAGAAAUCAGAUGGUAUAUGUUCACGUCUUCAAAGAAAGUCCAAAGUUUAUCACAGCAAUGCAUGAUGGAUAUUUAGGAUAAUAAACUCCUGAUAUUUUGUGAUUGAACUUCAUGGAGAAUAUUAGUUGGAACUUUUGCAGGAUGUGGAAUGAGCUAAAUAAGGAAACCAUAAUUUAGCAUGAGCUUGGUAUAGGAGUAUGUCUUCAGUGUCGUGACAUGAAAUGGUGCUUCAGUAAAAAAAAAGCUAUUGACUUUG